UGUCCUUUCCACUCUUGCUCAGUGCUCUAGCUGCAUCAUAUUCAAGAUGUCGGCGGUGUCUGUGUAUCCCAUGUGUGUCCGGGCGAGCCGGGGCCUCCUCAGACUGAGGCAGGGGGCCAGAGGCUCCACAGCCCCUGCGGCGCUGGAUGUUGUCCGGGCUCUCUCCGCUGACACAUCUAGUAGCAGUGCCACAGGAGGACUGGCCCAGGCAAUACUGCAGGAGAGGCUUCAGCAGCAGCAGAAAACACAGGACCAGCCUCCUCCUGACGGUGAUGACUCUGAUCACAAGAAGAAUGAACAGGGUGAGGACAAGAAACAGAAAGAGAACACGGCAUAUGCUAAGAAGAUGGUCCUUCGGUUAGCAGGAAUUAUGGGACUUGGAAGCACAGUCGGCAUCGUGUACAUAUUCGGUAGCAAUUCUGUGGAUGAACAAGGAAAUAAGAUUCCAGAUGAGUUUGAUAAUGAUGUUCCUGUCAUCCAGCAGCUGAGAAGAGCCUUUAAAUAUUUCAAAGAUUACAGACAGAUGAUCAUCGAGCCCACAAGCCCAAAGCUUCUCCCAGACCCUCUGAGAGAACCCUACUACCAGCCUCCAUACACUCUAGUGCUGGAGCUCACCGACGUCCUCCUCCAUCCAGAGUGGUCGUUGGCCACAGGUUGGCGUUUUAAGAAGAGGCCUGGCAUAGACUACCUCUUCCAGCAACUGACCCCACUUUAUGAGAUAGUCAUCUUCACAUCAGAGACGGGCAUGACGGCAUACCCCUUGAUUGACAGUAUAGACCCUCAAGGAUUUGUGAUGUACCGGCUCUUCAGAGAUGCCACACGCUACAUGGAGGGCCACCAUGUUAAGGACGUGUCUUGUUUGAACAGAGACUCCUCUAAAGUCAUUGUGGUGGACUGUAAGCGAGAGGCAUUCGGUCUACAGCCUUUCAAUGGCCUGGCGCUGCGCAAGUGGGAUGGCAACUCCGAGGAUCGCACGCUCUAUGACUUGGCUGCUUUCCUUAAAACUAUAGCCAUCAGCGGAGUGGAGGAUGUGCGUUCAGUACUAGAAAACUAUGCCCACCAAUAAAACCCCA